GACACGUGUUGGAGCCUCGUGGCGUCACGGCGGUGCAUCAGUAAGUCACCCAGACAGACCAGAUCAGGGAGGUCAGCAGGGAGCGAACGUGCUGCUGCUGUCUCCCGCGCUUAAACCACCAGGGAUACGUCACGCUAGUUGCUGGAGUGGGACGAGCAAGAGACGUGUGAAGGGUGUGGCGGCGGCGAUGGUGGUAGUGGUGGAGUCCUUUGUGAGGUGACGUGCCGUGGUGGUCAAGUCGAGGCGAGCCAAGUCAAGUCAAGUCGCUGCUUCAAGUUCUCUCCAAUCGGACUGAAUCGCCGUUUUGGGCUGAGCCACUUAAGGAUCGCGAGGAGGUUGUGCAUGUCAGCAAGUCUGGGACGAGGGAGAGGAUGUGGGAAUGUCGUCUUCCUCCCUCCUGCUCCUGCUUCUCUUCCAAGUGCUGGUGCAGGAGCGAGGGACAGACCGACAGACCUGAGCACCUGUAUCUGGUUCACUGGAGCACCUGAGCACCUGUAUCUGGUUCACUUCUCAGGUGUUUGCGCUCCUGAGACGCUCCUGUGUAGUUCGCCCAGUGGUGGUUGCAGUGUAAGGGAGAAGGUCGGGUCAUGCUGGCCACCGAGUCCAUGUGAUGAGUCCAUCUCAGGUCGUCCUCUUCAAAAGUACGCAGACCGCGGAGGCGUGUGGUCCGGCACAGGUCCUGCCAGUACUGAAGGGAGAACCAAACCAGCGUGUCCUGACAACCGCCAACCUGCCGCAGUAAACUGGCUCUUGCACUGGAAGAUGCAAACGGUCACGCUGCACCUUUCAUGGAGGAAUUGGACCCUGCCUCGCACCAGCUCUGACGUGACAACACGGGGCGUCAUCCAGGGAGGGAAGACACUGCCUCGCACCAGCUGUGCCCUGACAACACUGGACGUCAUCCAGGGAGGGAGGACACACUGCCUCGCUGCCCCUUCCAUGACAACACGCAGCGCCAUCCAGGGAGGGAGGACACACUGCCUCGCUGUCCCUUCCCUGACAGCACGGAGCAUCCUCUAGGGAGGGAGGACACACUGCCUCGCUGUCCCUUCCCUGACAGCACGGAGCAUCCUCUAGGGAGGGAGGACACACUGCCUCGCUGUCCCUUCCCUGACAGCACGGAGCAUCCUCUAGGGAGGGAGGACACACUACCUCAAUUCCCCUUCCCUUAUAACACGCAGCGUCAUCCACAGCAUCUUCCACACUGCCUCGCUGCCCUUCCCUGACAACACGGCGUCAUCCAGGGAGGGACACACUGCCUUGCUUCAUGUAACCUAAUUCAACCAAUACAUGUUGCUAGAUACUCUUGUAAUGUUUAUUCCUUCCAUCUGAUGUGAAUGUACGCACACAAGUGUAAUGUUAUUAUUCCUUCAAUGUUCUGUGAUGGACCCACAACUGGUUACUACUUCAUAAUAAAUCAUAAUUACAAUUCA